AUGGCACUUGUUAACAGCACCAAUUUUCUCUCUCCUCGUUUCUCUCCCUGCAGGCUGCAAGCGGAGGUGGAGGGGGCGCAUUGUGCCUUUGCCUGCUCAUUCUUCUCUUCCUUCCCAACCCCUCUCCACCUUCCUCUCUUCCCACGUUUCUCCCCUCCUACAGGUGGAGGGGGCGCAUCAUGCCUUUGCCUUGGCACUGCCCAGCAGCACCUCUCCUGUCCUUACCACUUUUCUUUCUCCCCGCUUCUCCCUGCCUGCAGGCUGCUAGCGGAGGUGGAGGGGGCGCAUUGUGCCUUUGUCUUCAGCACCGGGAUGGCGGCACUUGCUGCAGCCACCAGGCUGGUUACCACCGGGUCCGCGAUAGUGGCAGGGGACGACAUCUAUGGCGGCACGGACCGGCUUCUCUCAAGAGAUGUGCCUCGUCUUGCCGCGACGAGUGGUCGGUGCCGUGAGAGUUCUCUGCUCCUUUCAGGCUUGCGAGUGGACACAACGGACCUGCAAGCAGUGAGGGCGGCAGGGCAGCGCGAGGGCGUCCCACCAACCCCUGUCCAUGUCUCACUCUUCCCACCAUCCCUCCUUCUCUUUCCCCUUUCUUUUCCGCCUCUCUCCCUUUCCCUCUCCGUUCUGUCUGUCACCAGGCGAGUGGACACAACGGACUUAGAAGCAGUGAGGGCGGCAGUGCAGCCGGACACCAAGCUGGUCGUCAUGGAGAGCCCCACCAACCUGCGCAUGAUGAUCAGCGAUAUCAGGGCCACAACAGAGAGUGUUCACUCAGUGGGUGCGCUACUACUGGGAGACAACAGCAUCAUGUCACUCGACCUACCAAAGCCAAUCUCGCUUCCCUUUCUCUCCCCUCCCCCUGCCUCGCAGCCCAUAACGGACAUAGCCCUUUCAGUGACCACGCUGCUGCUAGUCGUGCUGUCACGGCCGACACAGCUUACAACCGCCAUAGCCAAAAAGCUCUCUCAGCGGGUCAUAGCAGAGAUUGCUCACUCAGUGGGAGGCCUGCUGGUGGACAACAUCAUCAUGUCCCCCGCAAUCGCAGACAUUGCCCACUCAGUGGGUGCACUGCUACUGGUGGACAACAGCAUCAUGUCGCCCGUGCUGUCGAAGCCGCUGCAGCUGGGAGCAGACAUAGUGAUGCACAGCGGCACCAAGUUCAUCAGCGGGCAUAGUGAUGUCAUGGCUGGCAUACUGGCUGUCAAUGACCCAAAGUGA